AUGUUGUCUCGCCCUUGUCUCGGCAGGCUAGCCACGAGAGUCGCCCCGACCGUGGCCUUUGCUGCCAUCACACUGGCUUCCUUCACAUCCGCAAAGCAUCGUCACCACAAAGGCUCGGACUGGACCGACGAGGAUGCCGAGAGACAGAGGAUACGGGACCAAUGGUCAAGCAUCGUAGGCUGGAUCUCGAUUGCUAGCUGGAUUCUUCCUUCCUUCAGUCAAUUGAAAGAGUCGUAUGAUCGCAAGAGUGGAGAGGGCCUGUCCCUAGCUUUCGUCAUCAUCUGGCUUGCUGGAGACCUGCUGAAUCUAAUUGGAGCUUGGAGGCAAGAACUGCUCUGGACCAUGAUCAUCCUCGCAUUGUAUUACUCCAUCUGCGAUGUAGCUCUCAUCUUCCAGUACUACUAUUACCGCAAGUACCAUGACUACUUUCAUCCUGCCAACCCUGCCCCUGAAGCAGAAGCAUCAGAAAGCACGCCUCUCAUCCGCAACAACAGCACAGAAGGCGCAAAGGCCACUGCAGAGCAGCAGUCUCAAUUGCUGAGGGCAGAGGUCCUGCGGUACGUGGGCGCUGCUGGUCUCAUUGUCUUGACAGGUGUAGCGGCCUGGGCCAUCGAGAGCCGACACACCAUUGAUAAUGGUGCAGGCAAGAAGCCUGAGGGUCCUGGGUGGAGGUGGGAUGCGCAGAUCUACGGAUGGCUCUCGGCUGCCUUCUACCUCGCUUCGCGGGUGCCCCAGAUCUUCAAGAACCGCAGAACUAAAUGCCAGGGACUCUCUCUCGCACUCUUCGUCUUUGCUGUUGCAGGAAAUCUUACGUACGUGGCUUCGAUCUUGCUCAAGUCUACAGACCCAGAAUACCUGCUCGAGUCUGCAUCUUGGCUGGUGGGGUCUCUGGGAACCAUCUUCCUCGACUUCAUCGUCCUGGGUCAAUUCAUCGCCUACCGAGAGGAGAGGGCAGCCUUGGAGGCUGCGACUACGAACGGUGGCAGCAGCCACAUCGAGGCGUCGUGAGCAUGUAUGGCUAGAUGGGCUCGUCAAGCAUCAUACAUUUGAGAAAGGCGGACAUAGACGGACUCGCUUUCCGACCGUCACCGCUCUUACAUGGGCAUAGGCUCAUUUGGCACACUAAUGCGCUUGAACUGCACAUAUUUGUAUCUUAUCACAUGACAAGAUGUCUAUACUUUGCCAAUACAUUCAGUGGAUAUACGUG